GUUUCCACCACUUUGCAGCAGUGUAGUGAUGGUAAACAAAGAUUUGCCGGUGUGAAUGGGUGUUACCCCGUGUACAUACAUAUGAUAAAAUGGAGCUGCAUCCCAUUCUAGAAGCCUAUGAUAUACCAAAUCCUGGCAUAUGGUACGUGUUGUCAGCACGUGGAGUACCACCAAGUAUGCGUGUCGGUCACACGUGUGUGUUUGUACCUGGCAGUGGAGAGAAGAGAUCUGGAUCUAAACUGUUAAUCAUUGGCGGGGCAAACCCAAGUGGAUCGUUUGGUGAAGCUCAUUCAUUGGAUUUUGACCAAUAUGAGUGGGACACACCAGAUUGGAGUGGUCUGCAAGCACGUUAUGAACACACAGCAUGGCUAACAAACAACAGUAUCUAUGUGUUUGGUGGUGCAGAAAUGAAUAAAAAUCUCAAUACCGUGCAGAAAUUAGAUUUAGCGUCUGGAACUUGGACAACACCUGUGGUGAGAGGAACUCCACCAAGCCCUCGCACCUGCCAUUCGCAUGCGACAGAUGUCAACAUGAUGUAUGUGUUUGGCGGUGGAGAAGCAGGUGCGGAACCGGUAGCCGAUAGGCAGAUUCAUGUUUUUGACGCAAGUACGCUAACAUGGAGUCAACCAAAAACCAGUGGCAAGUCUCCAAAAGCAAGACAUGGUCAUGUGAUGGUUGUCAUUAGCAACAAGUUAUUUAUUCAUGGUGGCAUGUCUCGUGGGUCGUUCUUUGAGGACGUUCAUGAAUUACAGUUAAAAACAAUGACAUGGAAACAGGUACGUUGUAAAGGAGAUAUCCCAUCAGGCCGAGCUGCUCAUUCUGCCAUUGCCUAUGGCAACCAUUUCAUAAUUUCCUGUGGAAUGAACCAAAAUGGUGCAAUGGAUGAUCUGUAUAACUUUAAUACAGAUACAUCCCGGUGGACAAAACUAAAUAUAGAAGGACCUCCCCCUGCCUGUCGGUUAGAUCAUUCCAUGUGUCGUAUUGAAUGGAAUUACAAACAAAACAAAAAGCAAACAGAACAUUCCAUUACAAAUCAAGAAAACUUACUUGGAAUUCAGGAAUUGACACUUUGUGAUGGUAACUUUAAUAAAGAGGAGAAUUUCCAUCCGGAAGAUGUCAGUCAGGAUGAGGAUCAUGGUGCUGCUUCAGGUGAUGAUAGUGUCAGAGAAUGUGCCUCUGAAGCUGCUUCUUCUGCAGGAGAUACUGCCACUGAAACUGCCUUAUCUGCUGCAGAUGCCUCUAAAGCUGCCCCAUGUGCAGCAGACACUGCAUCUGGAGCUGCCUCAUCUGCACCAGACACUGCCUUAUCAGCUAAUAAAAAAAAUACUUCUGAUCAAGCUUCUUUAGAGGGAGCGGUUGAAGGAAAAGCUAUGUCUGAUGAUAUACCAGAAGAAGGGAGCUACACUUUGCUUCUUAUGUAUGGUGGUAUGGACACCCAAGGAGAAAUUUUUGACGACAUUUUGGUUUGCAGGAUAAACCUACCCACUUGACAAAACAACACAGAAAAACAAAACAGGAUUGGCAGCUUCACAGUCAUUUAAAAACUGACAACCAUCCAUAUAAGGUCACGGAGCAGAAUAAACACUUGGUAAUAUUGUAAUGGUCUUGUAUAGCGCCUUCAGCAAAAUAUCUCAUGCCGAUGUGAUUUAAAAAAGAUUUGCGAUGCGAUUUAAAAACAAGGAAGUAGCAUACUAAAAAGAAAAACACAGAAAAAAACACCAUCACAUUAUUUCGCUUUCACAUGCUGGCCAGAUAUUGGUUUCACAAGUGGUAUUACGAUGCAGGAAGUGAGUGAGUGGUUUGAGUUAGCGGUGGCAGUUCAGGCUCUUAACCUUGAGGUCGAAGGUUUAAACAUUGGUUGUGCAUUUCGCUUGUGUCCUGGAGCAAUGACCUAAUUUUAUCUCUUCAUCCAUGAGUAUUAAUGGGUACCUGGUAGAAAUUGUGCAUCAGUCUGUGCGCUUUAAAUCGCAGCAUAACUGGAUAUACCCCAGGGAGUGGAAGGUUACCAAUCUACAGAUCCAAUGACCAAGGGUAAUAACACCUCCAAGUGCCUUGUAUACCAGGCAAAAGGCAUGGUCUCCAAGUACCUUGUAUCCAUAUGUACUAGUGAAUAAAAACAAUUAAAAUGCAUUAAUGAAGUAUAAAUACGUGUGUGAUUAAGUUAGGCAGUAUUAAAGAGUUGAAAAAUAUCACAUUGAGUUAAUGCUGUAGAUUUUGGAGUCAGACAUUUCAAAUUAAUGAGUCAGACGCUUGUACCCUUUACGUUCUAAUUGUCAUAUGUUCUUUAUUACAUGGGCAGUCCACAGUUGUCAUGUAGCGUUUAGUACUGUGAAUUAAUGUUCUCUUGAGUCUCAUUUAUUUGAAUGUAUUGAACAUUUACAAAAUGUGUUUUAAUGCGUAGGGUAAUUUAACAUUGAACUGGCAUCAUACAUUUAUUUUUAAACCAAUUUUGUUUUCAAUUUCAACAUACAUCAUACAGUGGUGUGGCUCCAAGGGUAUUAAUUAACAUGAGGGUGGCAGAUGGGUGAAGGGGUUUGGAAAGAUAAAGUGAGGGGUACUAGGUAAUGAAUGAAGUGAUAGAUCCUUAACUACUUGGAGUUAAGUUUUAUGAGAAAGUUUUGAGUGUUUGUUCGCCUUGAGAGUAUAGGUUUUUUGGGGGCGUGCAUGCCCCUUGUCUCUUGGUGUCACACCACCGGUAUAAUUGUUCUACGGGUUGAGCUAAAAAAAGACAGCCUAAUUGCAGAGAGAAUAUCUUUAGCACAGUUUCAAUAAACUUUGUGGCAUAAGUCAA